GAAAGAAAGCUCUCAACUUUCUUCACGGAUUCCUCCGAAAACCCUGUCUGAACUCUGGACACUCCAAUCCCAAUCUCUCCUCUUCAGCUGAACCUAACCGGGACAAGAAUCGGUUUCGCACAUGCCCUUUGAGCUCUAACUCACAGAUUCACUCUCAAAAUCGAGUCUUUUUGGCCUCAAAACCACUGAUUUCGACCAUUUUCGGUCCCCGAAACUUUCAGAACUUGAACUUCUUUUCUUUUUUCUUUUUUGGGUGAGCCGCGCUCGAGAAGGAAGUGAGAAAAUGCAACAAGACCCGUCAUCACUGUUUCAACCCACGACGAGGCCUCAAUUCCCAGAGCAAGAACAGCUGAAAUGCCCUCGCUGCGACUCCACCAACACCAAGUUCUGCUACUACAACAACUACAACCUCUCUCAGCCGCGCCACUUCUGCAAGAGCUGCCGUCGCUACUGGACCAAAGGCGGCGCCCUCCGCAACAUCCCCGUCGGCGGCGGCACCCGGAAGGCCACCAAACGGGCCUCCUCCAAGUCCAAGCGUCACAAUGCCGGGUCUGGUUCGGAUGCGGGCGCGGACCACCCGCAAGCCACUGGGCCGAGCCAGGCCCAGAAUGGGACCGCCGAAGAACCGUCACAAUCUCCGCCGAGCUUUGUCGGGCCGACGUUGGAUCUGGAUCCGGCCCGGAUUUACGGCUUGCCAUUCGACCUGGAAAGGAGGAUGCUUGAUGUGUCCGGAACCUUCAGCUCGCUCCUGGGGACGAGCGGGCAGUUCAUGAGCAUCUUGGAGGGUCCGAAUUUAAACGCCCCGGGGGCGAGCGUGGUGCGUUUCGGAGGGCUCGGGGACGAAGCCAAACCUGCCAAUGUCCGUGCCCCCGGGUCGGCGGCUCGCGAUUCGGGUGCAACGGACGGGCCAGAGAAUUUCAUGGACAUCCAGAACGGGGAUUCGGGUUGCUGGACCGGAGGGAACGGAUGGCCCGACCUGGCGAUCUAUACUCCGGGUUCAAGUUUUCACCGAUAGAGAGAGAGAGAUUGCUAAAUUCGGUCGAUUCUCUAUUCCUUUUGUUGUCCCUCUUCCCUCAUUUCUGUUCAUGUGACUGAGCUUCCUGGAAUCGGAAUGUAGCAUGAGAAAAUGGAAGGUUCAUUAUACACCUUAGUAUAUAUAUAUUCAUAGGUAUGCUUGGCCUUUGGUUUUUGUUUUAGCCCCCUUUUGUGCUGGAUCUAUGUUGUCCAAAAAACUCACUUAUGUAACUAAAUUACAAAUUACAGUAGGGUUUGUGAUA